AUGUCCUUUACGCACUCCGACUGUUACGCCAUAUCUUCCAGCAGCCCCACACGGGCCGAAGCGACCUCAAACGAACUCGAGUCUAAACUCUGGUUCAAGACGCCUCCCCUCGAGAACUCGUUCCUCGAACGGGUCUCUUGCAUCCGGCUGCAAACCACUGCUCGUGAUCAAGGAUACGUCUCCUUCCCGGAUGAGGGCAGCUGGAGCUGGUUCGACAUCGCCAUUCUCGCGUCCCCUGAGUCUACAACUCCCCUCGUCCGGGGUGGGCUGACGUGCUUGUGGCGAAGCCACUGCAACGUCAUCGGAUACGGGAAGGACACGACGACCGUCGGGGAAGUAUUCGACAAGGAAGACGACUUGUUCAAAGUCCUCCAGCCUGGGGACGUUCUGGCCGUGAUGGUCUGCGCCCGCUUUCCGGGGUGGGAAAACAAUGCGACCAGUGCCUCUCUCGAGUUCCGCCUGGAAAAGCAAGGCCACGAGCUUCCCGUCUUCGAUGCGGCGCAAUUCGAGGAGAAGAGGCGAAUGAACGAGCUCAAGAAGAAUAUUGAGCUGCUGCUUACCGGCUAUCUGGAUGAUAGGACGGACAAGGGGGAGAAGCCUGCGUACUCGCUCGUUCGGGAGAUGAUGCUUCCUGGAGAGGCGAUUCGUGGAGAUCUCGCCCGCCAAAGAAAUGGCGCUCCUCUCCGACUGCUAUCCUUCGAUGGUGGGGGUGUCCGAGGGAUAUCAUCGCUGGUCAUCCUCGAGAAUAUCAUGCUCAAGCUCACAAACGACCCAGAGACCAAGCCAUGCGACUACUUUGAUAUGAUUUGCGGUACAAGCACGGGCGGAUUGAUCGCAUUGAUGCUUGGACGUCUUCGCAUGUCUGUUCCCCAGUGCAUUGAAGCUUACAAGCGCUUCGCCUCCGACAUCUUUCGAAUGAAUGGAAAGUUUGCCAAGGGUAUCGCAGAAGGCAGCACAGGGUAUGCGUAUGGUGCCGACACUUUCGAAUCAGCGGUCAAGGCCAUUGUCAAGCAGUACGGUGACGGCAAAGAGACUAUGAUCCCCCAAUCACCGGACCAGCAUUGCAAAGUAUUCGUCGUUGCGGGAGAGGCCAGUAAUCUGAGCAAGACGCCAGAGCAUCUUCGAACCUACAAGUCGGCGAAGUUUGCGAAUGUCGACAAGUUCGUGGACAUACCGAUCUGGCAAGCUGCCCGCGCGACAUCGGCGGCACCGACGUUUUUGCCCAGUAUCACCAUCAACGGCACAGAGCUCAUUGACGGAGGCCUUUUAUAUAACAACCCGAUUGCUCUGCUGUUGGGAGAGGCCUACCACGAGUUCGGCGUGGAGCGCCUCAUGAGUACACGCUGCCUUCUCACCCUUGGCACUGGCCACGGCCCCAAUCUACAUGCUCCACCCCGCCCAGAACUUGGCGUGCUCCCUAGCCUGCAGUAUCAUCGGGAUCUCGCCGAGACGCUGGCCAGUAUUGCCACAGACUGUGAGCAUACGCAUCAGAAGGCACGGAAGGUGUUCCCGGAGGACGACACUUAUUGGCGCUUCAACUACGGGAUUCAGAACGGAGGGGACUGGAAGAAGGUGCUUGAGCUGGAUGAAUGGCAGGGGAUGGAGGCGUUCGCGAGUGGUACCCGCGACUACAUCUCCAGCCCCGAGCAAACGCCUCGCGCACAUGGCUGCGCGUCAAAGCUGGGAGUUGUAGCCUAA